CGCAUCUGAACUGAAGGCAGGCAUAUCUGUUUUUCAGGUCGUUCCGUGCAUUACACAAGAGGAUGAGCGGCAAACGAGCAUGGCAGCAGAAGUUCGGUGUCGGCGAAACUGAGCGCUUGGCCAUCGAUUGGUCCGUCCGAAGCACCAGCAUCCUGUCGACACUCGGGUGCGCCUACAUCCUCGUGCGAUGCACUUUCUUCCAAUCCAACAGACGAGAUGUAUCCCGUCUCCUCGUGAUGACUCUUGCUGCAAUCCAACUUGUCGUGUCCGUUGUCAAGCUCCCUGCCCUCCAGUUCGCGUCGCUGCAGAAGCGCUUUAAGAGGGGCGACAGCGACGGCAUGUUGCGUCCGUACUUUCUCGUGAAUGCAACGGCCGACGACUCGUCAACCAGUUCUGCUGUAUUCUGCCAAAUACAGGCCUACCUUCUGGACGUGUUCAUGCUCCAAGCGGUGCUGUGGAAUGCAUGCAUGGCGUACAACCUCCUUCGAUGGGUCGUCUAUCGAGACUCGGAAGAAAAGCUUCAGUCGCGGUUCUGGGUGUACUUCUUCGGCACGUCGGUGUUUUGCGUUGUGUGGGGGUUCACAGGGGCGCUGCCCGUGUGGUCAUACCAGAACAACCCCCAGGUGUCGUCGCUCUUUGGGUUUUCCCGCUUCUACUGCUGGAUGAAGUUCCCAGACUACAUCCUCUACCGCUUCGUGCCGUUCGUGGUGCUGACGCUGCUGUUCAUGGUGGCCGUCGUGAUCAAAGUACGCAAAGUGGUCGCGGUCCGCGCGAGGCGGUGCGUGAAGGACAGUCUCCAUAGACUCGUUUAUUCUUACAUUAAUUCGAUAUCUUGCAUUAGGUUGUCCAUGACGCCAUCGGUGGCAGACCCCGUUGCGACCAAAAUUCAACGCACGCUUCUCUACUACGUCGUGGGAUUUCUCUGCUUGUACACGUUGCCCACCGCCUAUCGCUUCUUAGAGGCCGCGAUGGAAAACAAGGAUGAGGCCACAUCCAACGGCUGGAGUCGAGGUGGCAGUGGGAACGGCAGUAGCAAAAGCCCAAAUUCUGAAUGGACUCGUAAUGCAACCGCGCAUUCACAAGGCGGAGAGCACAGCACGUUCAUGCAAGUGUUUGCCGUUGUGUCGGAAGUCCUUGUCAACCUGCAAGGGUUUGUUAUUGCCGUAAUCUUCCACCGGUGUUCGGUGUCACGGAGAUGCAAAUCCCAAUCGAGCAGCUCUGGGGAAGGGUCGUCGUUAGAGCCAGACGCAUGUAUGGAUGAUGCCCGGUCCUGUGCGUCAAAGAGUGAAGCUGUGUAUAUGUGCGGAGCUUCUGGUCGCAUCUUUGCGUCGACGUUCAACAUGGCGGAAGGCGCGGUGCCCCCCCCAGAGCAACUAGAACGGUGGAUCCCCAAGGGUCACGAUAUUUAUGUGAUUGGGGUCCAAGAGUGUAUAGACCUCCGCACGAUGCGCCACGUCAUGGCCAGUCACUUGCAACGCAUCAAUGGAAAAACGUACAUCGAGUACGGCCGAGAAAUCGGACGCACGGAAACGCUGCUGGGGUACCAUGGCUUCAUUGCCAUCACUGUGUACGUGGCUGCAGACGACGUCCACGCUGGCCAUUUUCACAUGCAUUUGGACGCCACGUCCAAGGUGAACCGGGGAAAGAAUUUGAUUGGUCUCGGGCGCGCGUCCAACAAAGGUGCCGUCGGGUUUGCGUUUCGAUACUUCAACGUGACGUUUGCCGUGCUCACGUGUCACUUGGCGUCCGACUCGACGGGCAAGAGCAAGAUCAAGAAGAGACACCACGAUGGAGCCAGUAUCCUCACCAACAUGCAUCUGCAGUCGAUCGAGAACGAGUUCGACUGCCACUUGAUGGCCCACCAUACCAUCUUCAUGGGCGACCUCAACUACCGCCUCACGGCGCUGGACGCGACGCCCGACCGCAUCCUCCACAUGAUUACAGAUGUGAUCAACACUUCCCGUCGAAGGCACGAGUCGAAGCGGGUAGACGUGUGUCGCGAUAUGUUUCUUGCGUCCAGCCCAAGUUCGAGCCAAUAUUCGAUGAGUGUCCCGGGGAAUCCUGAGCUUAAGGAUUAUGCGUCCGAGGUAUCCAGUGGGGACACUGACGUGUAUUUGUUGACGGAGUCUCCAUCGGCGGUGCUGGGCAACGGAUUCAGUAUGGAGCGUGCAGCAGCAGCCCGAGGUGUCAUGACUCCACAUCAUCUCGGCCAUCCGAAUGUCGAGAGUCCGUAUUCGAUGGCAUCAUCUUCGGCGUUCAGCCCCGUUUUGCAGUCGUGGCAAUCGUUGUUCCUGCACGACGAACUCAAGCAAAGCAUGGCUGACGGCGUGAUCCUGUCUGACUUUGAAGAAGCCAAGAUUGCGUUUCCGCCAACCUACCGCCGAGUGCUGGAUCAGAUGCUGGACGUUCGCCAGCCGACGACUGUCGCGCAAGUGGCUGCCCUGUACACGACCGUGCUAGGGGAAGGCAGAGUCCGCGUGCCGUCGUACACGGAUCGGAUUUUGUUUCACUCGUUGCCUGGCCUGCGGGACCGGUUUACAUGCGUUCAAUACACGAGUGCCGAGUACAUUGGCACGUCCGACCACAAGCCCGUGUCGUGUGUGUUUGACGUGUUGGUCGACAAGGCGGCGGCGGUUGUUUCCCCCCGUCCAGUGCCGCGCCGGUUGCUGGCCGGUGGUCACCCCCCUCACAACGUUGUCUACGGGGUGCAGUUGACCCAAUUGAACGUGCGGUGGGGGCCAACGCUGGAAGAUUUUGAAACGUCCGACGAAAGCGACGGCGGCAACUUGUCCAACAAAUGUGCCCAAGAUUCGUUUUCGAGCGAUUUGUCCCAAGCCACCACCGCUUCUGGCACGAUCCAGCCCGGCAUGAUAUUUGAAGGGCUGCGCGUCCGAAGUGUGUUUCCUUUGCCGUGUGAAGACCCGUUUGCAGAAGAGCGCAAGUUGGUGGAAGUGGCAGACAACCUCCUCUUUUCGUCAGGACAAGGCACUGGCACAACACUCAAACCGACGUGGAAACUGAAUGCGUGGCCGGCGUUGCUCCAGCAUGGACUGAGGCACUCCGCGGUGCUGCCGCUCCGAAAGCCGUUGCAUCUGGCAAUGAAUUUCAUCCUUCCGUCGGGAACCACAGCCGGCCAAUGCGUCGUGAGUUUGACCCAAGCCAGCCACCGCCCGAGCCGGAAACUCGACUUUGUCGCGACGAUCUCGGUCGGAGGGAGGCGGACGGGGGAGCUCACAGGCAAAGCGACAUUAAGCAUCGACAUGGCGCCGUAGAAACCUCGGCGUAAUUAAUUUAUAAAUCUAGCGCCCCCUCGAUCACGUGAUA